AUGGGUCCCAGGCACGGGGCCCGGGAGUGGCAGCCCAGCACCCUCCCCGCGGCCUCCGUGAAGUGCGGGCACCCCGUGCCUUUCCGGGGGCUGAAGGACCAGCCUCUGGCGGCCGCUCACAGCAUGCGUUCCCUGGGCCGCGGGGAAGCCGCCCCUGAGGCUGUCCCUGUGGCCCCUGGGAACCCCCGGGAGCAGCAGGGCCACCAAGUGGGAAUCAGUCGGUUAAAGAGGCCCUUGUCUCCCGCGUCGGCCCCGUCCUCGGCCUCCGUCUUCAGAGCACGCGGCUUCACGGGCCCCGCGGGCUGCGGGGUGAUCCUGAUCCUGACCAAGUACUACCACGCGGACGCAGAGAAGGUGCUGGAAAGUUCUCUGUGGCGGUCAUCGGACUUCGGGACGACCUACACCAAGCUCGCCAUCCAGCCUGGCUUCACCACCGUCAUCGACAGCUUCUUCAUCUGCCCCGCCAACAAGAGGAAGAUCCUCUUCCUCAGCUCCUCGCUCAGCAGCGGGGAGCAGAACCUGUUCCUGAGCAUGGACGAGGCCACCACCUUCCAGAAGCAGCUCGUGCCCUUCACCGUGGACAAGCUGAUCUUCCACCCCAAGGACGAGGACAAGGUCCUGGCCUACACCAAGGAGGGCCAGCUCUACGCGUCCUGUGACCUGGGCAGGAAGUGGCUGCUGCUGCACGAGCAGGUGACCAAAGACCACGUGUUCUGGGCUGAGUCUGGAGUGGGCGCCGGCCCGGACCUGGUCCACAUGGAGCAGCAGCUGCUGCUGGGCCAGGAGAGCCGCGUGGCCACGCCCCUUCUGGGCUCCAGGGGCAAACUCUGUCCUGGCUGGAGGAGAUGGCUGAUUGUGUCUGCGGCCCCACAGGCAGGGGCAGGGCUGGGGAAUGGCCACGGCGGCUGUUACAGCACAGACAUGGGCAAGUGCCGCAUCCGGUUCGUCACCGCCCACGUCCGCAACUGCUCCAGCCGGACGCUGAGCUCGCUGUUCGCAGGCCCCAUAGACCACCGGUCCCUGCUCCUGCAGGACGAGUACAUCUUCUUUAAGGCAACGUCCAGCAACCAGACCAGAUACUACGUGUCUUACCGUCAUAACGAGUUUGCCCUGAUGAAGCUGCCGAAGUACGCGUUGCCGAAGGACCUGCAGGUCAUCAGCACGGACGAGAGCCAGGUGCUGGUGGCGGUGCAGGAGUGGUACCAGACGGACACGUACAACCUGUACCAGUCGGACCCUCGUGGCGUGUUCUACUCGCUGGUGCUGGAGGACGUGCGCAGCUCCCGGCAGGCGGAGGCGGGCGUGAUUGUGGACGUCCUGGAGGUGGGACGCUGGCCCUGCCUGGCCCUUCCUACCCCCCCUCUCCCCGACUGCCACCUGCAUCUGCACCUGCUCUGGGCAGACAACCCCUACGUGUCGGGCACCGUGCACACCAAGGAGACCGCGCCCGGCCUCAUCAUGGGGGCAGGCAACCUGGGCUCCCAGCUGGUGGAAUACAAGGAGGAAAUGUACAUCACCUCAGACUGCGGGAGGACCUGGCGGCAGGUGAGGAGGCAGGGAGGGGCCGCGCCCACCCCGUGCUCAUGCUGUGACCCCUCCUUCCCAGUGGGCGGCUGGACACACAGCUCCCGACGCCUUGGUGUUGUUGCUAAGCAGAUGUGGAUGCCACUUGGUGCCGGCAGGUGGCUGCUGCUGGCCUCCCAGGAGAGAGCAAAGCCAGGGGUCCAGUUGGGGCCUGGGUGCUGGGCUGGCCCUGGGGGCACAUGGCUCCCUCCACGCUGGUCUUCCGGCCGCCUCAGCUGGUGGCGCUGGUCCCCGGGCACAGGCAGGGCUGGUCCAGGGGGGCAGCGGAGCUGGGCACGGGAAGGCCCCUGCUGCCCGCGGACGCUGGCGCUCCCUGUCCGCAGGUUCAGCACGGACGAGGGCCUCACGUGGAGCACCUACAACUUCACCGACACCUCCGUGUUCGUGGACGGGCUGCUGAGCGAGCCGGGCGAGGAGACGCUGGUCAUUACCAUCUUUGGCCACAUCAGCUACCGCUCCGAGUGGGAGCUGGUCAAGGUGGACUUCCGGCCGUCCUUCCCCAGGCCCUGCCGCGCCGAGGACUACAGCGCCUGGGACCUCACCAACCUGCAGGGCGACGGCUGCCUCAUGGGCCAGCGCAGGAGCUUCCGGAGGAGGAAGGCCAUGUCGUGGUGCGUCAACGGGAGGAACUUCACGUCGGCGCUCACGGCCCGAGUGUGCCCCUGCCAGGACUCCGACUUCCUCUGCGACUAUGGCUUUGAGCGCUCCCUCUCUGACACCAACAAGUGCUUUGCCAACUUCUGGUUCAACCCCCUGGCGCCCCCUGACGACUGUGUCCAAGGCCAGACCUACACCAGCAGCCUCGGGUACCGGAAGGUCGUGGCCAACCUGUGCCAGGGCGGCGUGGACCCGUCGCAGAACCCGGUGAGCGAGCUCGGGGUCCACACCAGUGCCUCCGGUUUCCUACAGGGCGACGUCCUGACCACCAAGUACCAGGUGGACCUCGGGGAUGGCUCCACGCCCGUGCCCGUGAACCUCACGCUGCGAAGGGAGCGCGUCCGGCACCGCUAUGAGAGCCCCGGCAUCUAUCGUGUGUCCGUCCGAGCGGAGAACGUGGCGGGACGCGAUGAGGCAGUGCUCUUUGUCCAGGUCAACCCCCCCCUGCAGGCUCUCUACCUCGAAGUGGUUCCUGUCGUCGGCAUCAACGAGGAGGUGAACCUCACAGCCGUGCUGCUGCCCCUGAACCCCAACCUCACUGUCUUCUACUGGUGGAUUGGCCUCAGCCUGCAGCCCUUGCUGUCCCUGAAUAACUCCGUGGCGACGCGGUUUGUGGACACGGGGGACGUGCGUGUGACGGUGCAGGCUUCCUGCGGGAGCUCCGUGCUGCAGGCCUCCAAGGUCGUCCGCGUGCUGGAUCAGUUCCAGGUGGUGCCUCUGCAGUUUUCCCGGAACCUGGACACGUACAACCCCAACACCCCUGAGUGGAGAGAGGACGUCGGCCAGGUGGUCAGCUGGCUCCUGGCCAAGGAGACAGCCAUCCCCGCGGAGCUGCUGGUGACGGUGAUCGAGCCGGGGCUGCCCACCGUGGCAGCCUCAGUGCUGGUCCCUUCUCGGUCUCAUCGACGCAGCCACGGGCUCCCCCACGCCCCUCGUGGCCGCACCCUCUGGGCCCACGUGGCCUCCCAGGUCACAUCCAAGGUCACAGUGUGGGGGAAUCCCCAGCUGCUCACCACCCACUGA